GUGUUAUUUAUACCAGUUGUUCACAAAUGAAAGUGAUUUAAAGGAUGGGGAUUUCUACUGAUUUGGCGAAUAUUCCUUCAGGAGAAGAAGUGGGAGUUGAACUGAAAUGUACAAAUUUUGGGGAUCCGUCGUCAGGUUUAAAUUCAAUCAAAAAUCUCAGCUGUACAUUGUGUUUAGUGCUAAUUUCCAAAUGUUAGCAUGUUAACACACUGAAGUAAGAUGGUGAACAUUACGUGCUGCUACAAAUGGUAACCCUUGAUUUGAUUAUGUUAGCAUCUUAGUCUUGUUCCUUUCUAUUUUGUAAUAAUGAUAGUAUUAAUGCUGGUAAUCCUGAGAUUUAACUAAGUAUGUACUCAUAAGUAAAAGUAGCAAUACCACGGUGUAGAACUACUACACUUAGACACAAAGUAUACUUUUGCUUAGAAGUCCUACAUAAAAGCAUUCAAAAUAUGUGCUCCAGUAUAAAUAAAGUAUCUGCAUCAAAAUAUAUUAACAGUAUCAAAAGUACUCAUUAUGCAAAUUACCCAUUUAUAGUAUUGAUUAUGAAUAUUGAUUAAUGUCCAUAUUACUUUAAUGUUUCAGCUGGUAAAGGUGGAGAUCAUUUUAAUUACUUAAUAUACUACUGUGUAGCUUAAUCUAAUAAUGCAUCAUUUAUUCGUUGAUGCCCUCUAAUAAAAAAUAUACUUCAGAUAAAAGUAUCUGGAGUUAAACAAAGGUACAAUUGGUCCGUCCCUCUUGUAGAAUUGUUGGGGAGAAGAAGUAUAAAAUAGCAAAAAAUGUAAAGUACCCCAAAACUAUUCUUUAGUGCAGUACUUGAUUAAAUGUACGUAGUUAUUUUCCACCACUGGUCAAUAUCAUCGACAGCCCUUCAAGCCCAAUCAAAGGGAUUAUUCACAACAUAGAAAUAUCUCAAAAGUUAUUCUUAAUAGUUUAAAACUGAUUCAUAACAUAUUUCAUUUAUUAACCAUUAAUGAAGCUAUUAGAUACUUAAAUACCCAAGAAAGGAUGUCUAAUUAGAAAGUAUCUUUGUAUCUGAUCCGUGUCAGUAUAAAAAGGUUCAACACUAGAAACGUGCCGUGUUGUGUCAUCUCUACCUAUCAUGCGCACGGAGAUCUAAAGGCAACGUGAUUGACGCACGGUUCGACCAAUCACAGUGAAGCACGGGCGCUAGCCAGCCAAUAACGGUCAUCUUCAGUGUGUUUGCCUGCUCUCCGGCUGAACAACAUUUCAGUGAGUAAAUCAGUCUGUCCUCUUCAUCAUGGCGUCCGGAGCGUUGUUCCCCAGCAUGGUGUCUGGGUCCCGCGGCUCCUCCAGCAAGUACCUGGUGGAGUUUCGUGCCGGUAAGAUGACCAUGAAAGGCAGCACGGUGACCCCCGACAAGCGCAAAGGUCAGGUCUACAUCCAGCAGACCGACGACUCCCUAAUCCACUUCUGCUGGAAGGAUCGGACGACCGGGAACGUGGACGAUGACCUGAUCAUCUUCCCUGAUGACUGCGAGUUCAAACGGGUGAGCCAGUGCACCACCGGACGGGUCUAUGUGCUGAAGUUCAAAGCUGGCUCCAAAAGACUCUUCUUCUGGAUUCAGGAGCCAAAGACUGACAAGGACGAGGAGCACUGCCGUAAAGUGAACGAGUAUCUCAACAACCCUCCGAUGCCCGGGGCUCUCGGCAGCGGCGGCAGCGGAGGACACGAUCUGUCCGCUCUGGGAGGGGAGGGCGGUCUGCAAAGCCUUCUGGGUAACAUGAGCCACAACCAGCUCAUGCAGCUCAUCGGACCAACUGGCCUGGGGGGUAUCGGGGGCCUCGGGGCACUGGCUGGUCCAGGAUUGGCCAACCUCCUGGGCAGCAGCAGCAGCAGCAGCAGCAGCAGCAGCAGCCUUCCCGCAGCCAGUAACUCCUCCACAAGUCCGUCCACAGCCGUCACCCCCACCUCCACCUCUGCUACCAGUCGGCUCGGCUCCACCCAGGUGCCAACCACCCCCAUCACUCCCUCUGCCACCUCAGCGGCCUCCCCCACAGCCACCACCCCAUCCACCCCCGCUGUGUCCUCGGUGGCGGCGGGGGCAGCGAGCCCCGCACAGCCCAUCCAGCUGAGAGACCUGCAGAGCAUCCUGGCCACCAUGAAUGUGCCCGCCAGCGGACAGGGAGUGGACCUUGCCAGCGUCCUGACACCUGAGAUCAUGGCUCCCAUCCUUGUGAACCCCGAGGUGCAGGAGAGGUUGAUGCCUUAUCUGCCCUCCGGAGAGUCCCUGCCUCAGAGCACGGAGGAGCUCCACAACACGCUCAGCUCGCCUCAGUUUCAGCAGGCUAUGAGCAUGUUCAGCAGCGCCCUGGCAUCCGGGCAGUUGGGGCCUCUGAUGAACCAGUUUGGUUUGCCUGCAGAGGCUGUGGAUGCCGCCAACAAAGGAGAUGUCGAGGCUUUUGCCAAAGCCAUGGAGACAGAGACAAAGUCAGACCAGGACGGGGAUUCCAAAGAGAAGAAAGACGACGAUGAAGACAUGAGUCUGGACUAAGAAUUGUUUGUUUUUUAAGGUAUUUAUUUAGCUGCUUCACUUGUUUUGUAACUGUUAAACAUUAAGGAUAAAGAUUGUGCCUCGUAUAAAAUGUCACUAAGACUCCCCUCCCUUGCUGAUGAUGCCGUGUUCAGCCUCCAACAGUGUGCUGCAUUAUUAAAACUGAUUAAGCUGAUUGAACAUGUAACCCACCUGCAUGUCAGCUGCUAGUCUGGGAACAAUAAAGACGAUGAGAAACAUC